AUGGAAGAAAAAGAGAAAUUGCUAGAUACUCUGGACAAUAUAAGUAGCAUAUUCAACGAAGUUACUGAUGAAUGGACUACCACUUGCUUUGAAGAAAAUUUUUCGGAAUUUGGUAAUUUUGCGCAAGCUGUACAAUUUUCAAUUCUUCAAGCUUUUGACUAUUCGCUACGUCUCUCAGAAUUAUGUUCUUGCUUAAUACUAUUUGCUAAUCAAUCAGAGAUUUCGACUGAAAUAUGGAAUGAACUGACAACGAAAAACUUCAAUGCUAAGAAAUUGUGCGUCUUUGCUUGGUACUUGAUUGAGAGAGGACAACAAUCAAACGUUUCUUUGGAUGAACAAAAACUUGGACUGAUUGGUUCUCGAAUUUAUUUUUCAAUAUGUUGUUUGAAUGGAGCACAAGCAUUCAAUAUUUUCAAUGAUUACCUUUUCCAAGUGAUCUUUAAAUUUUUACUGAAUUUAAAAUCCAUUUUUUCUAUGAGACUAAUGGAUUAUUUCGAACAGCUUACUUUGGAGCAACAGGCAGAACUGAAAUGUAUGCUCUCUGAUGCAUUAGAUCCACUAUUCAUCCUUUUAGAAAGAGUUUCACUGUCACGAAUUCAGCAAUCAUCAACUUUACUCGCAGUUUGUUUGCAACAACUAAUGCAGAUUGACUUCUCUGAAACAACGUCAAUCUUGGAACUUGAACGAUUAUCUGAUUUCCAAGGACUAGAACGUUUUUCCAACCGAUCGUUUGCUUUGUUACAUCGUUUCCUUGAUAGCCGUCAUGGUAGUUCUCACAUUGUUUAUGGAAGAAUUGUGAUGCCUCGAUUAUUAUUUUGGACGCUUGAAAAUACUGUAUUUCCUACUAACGCUCAUCCUCCAAAAUUAAUAAGCACUUAUAAAGAAGUGAUAUUGAAAUUUAUCGAAAAAAGAAUUCAGAAAGGUUGUCAAGAGGAGCUUUCGACAGCUCUAUUAGUUCUUCAAAAUGUAUGUUAUCGGUGUCCUGACCGUACCGAUUAUCGUGUGAAAGUGACAAAUUCUGUUGUUGAGACUCUUGCUCUUUUACCAUCAAAAUAUGUCAAAGACUUUGCUUUGUUUUUGUGUUCAAUUGCUACUAGCUCCAAAGUUGCAGUUCGUGUUUUCAGUGUUGAAAUUUUGCCAUUGAUUUUAAGAAAAUUUGGUUGUGUUCUGGAACAAAAUGGUGUUGAAGAGCCUUUGACUUCACAUGCUCCCAGAAAAGAAACUGACAGUGAUACCCAAAUCAAAGAAAAUGUAAUCUUUGAUAAUUUGGUGGAAAGAAUUGGGAUAUACGGUGCUAUUUUGGUUGUUUUAGCUAGAGGUUGCAAUGAUAAGUCUCCUAUGGUACGGGCUCGAGCUUUACAGCAAAUCGCUUUGUUGCUUGUUAAUGAAAAUAUCCGCCAUAAAUUGCUGGAUAUUCCAAGCACUAUGGUUUUUAUUGAUAGCAGUGAGAAAAUUAUUGAAAAAACUACGGGUGGCUCUGUACUUUUGAAUAUUAUUAUCACGCGAUGUUUGGAUGCAAGAGUAUCGACGCGGAAGUCAGCAAUAAUAGCUUUUGAAUCACUGUUUCCAUAUUUGCCUAAAUCUCAGCAGACAGAAUUUACACCAAUUUUUAGGCAACUUUGUCGAGAUCCAUCACUUCUUGUUAGGAAACAAACUGCAGAGUCAUUGAGCCAUUUAUUAAUUUUAUUUGGUAUGAAUUACGAUAUGCUGGAUAAAAUUUGGCUUUCUUCAGUGUUACCUCUAAUUAACGAUCGCGAGCAAUCGGUUGUACAGCUAGUUUCCAAAUUAGUACUACAAACACUCAUUUUACCAAUUUUUGAAGAUGCUUCUCCGAUUGCCUGGCGUAUUUUGAAAAUCGUAGAGCAAGAAGUUGAUUAUAGACGCUUAUUAUUUCGUUGUUUAAUCCAUCAAGCAAAAGAAGGAGACCUAACUGAAAAUGCUGUCAAUAUUUUGCUAAAAAAGCAAGGUGAUUCCGACACUGUUAAUAUUGUUUGGAUGUUACUGAACUUUUUAAGCAGUAUAUUCAAAAUCGAUGCGUCUUUAGCUGUUCGUUUUUGGUAUACACUGGAUCACAGUAUGGAAACUAACUUAUGUAGUUAUGUGGCCGAAGUUAUUGCGAGCUCUGCCGAUCGUAUAAGUGAGAAAGACCGAGAUGAAUUAAUAAAUAAUAUUGGUACAAAGCUUAAUGAAUUCAGUGUCAAUGAAGGCCACAUUUCUCACGUCUAUUACGCAUUCGCUCGUCUUUGCAAUGGUGUUAGUGAUGAAAGCCCAGGAGCCAAGCAAUUAUAUGAAUUCAAUCGUGUUUUAAUUGAAAAAUCUCUCAAAUUAUUGCACAAUACAAUUUUUUCUUCUGUUGAUGUGACCGGUGAAGUGCAGUUGUCACAAGAAAAUAAAUCUAAGGAACAAAAUUUCAAAUCAGCGCAGUUUCUUGUACGUAUCGUAAGUUCAGUGGGCGAAGCAGUUCAGUAUACUCCUAAUUUAUUAAACACGGAUCCCAGAGUAUUUAAUAUUAUGAAACUAAUAGUGGCGUCCGAUGUGAUACAGCAACAACUAACUCAGACAGAGAGACUUGAUAAAUUUUUUUUAAAAGCUUUUAUAUUUGGAGGCACUGUGCUGAAUACAAUGCCAUCGUCAUAUUCACUUCGCCAACCAGCCUCUCAAUUUGUUCACACUAAAAAUGAUAAGCAACAACUUCGGCUUGAAGACAGAUCGCAGCAUGCUGCUAAUAAUACACAGAAAAACCAUACUGUUACAGUCAGUUGUCCAUCUUCGCAAGAAUUCAGAGUUUCCAGUCAGUCUUCGAAUAAAGCUAAAGGCUCUUCAUAUACUAAUAAAAACCAGGAACCUCGCUGGUCACAGCCAACUAUUCAAGGGUCAGGCAAAACAUCGUCAAGUCAUUCUAAUGCUAACUUGGAUUUGUUAUGUCCUGCUGUGCGAGCUCAAGCAGUUUUGACCAUUGGAAAGAUGUGUCUUCAGGACGAAAAAUUGGCAAAAAAAUGUAUUCCAGUUUUCUCACGUCAGCUUCUAGUCAACACCAAUCAUUUGGUGCGAAGCAAUAUUGUUAGUGUUGUUUGCGACCUCUGUAAAAGAUACACUUUGUUAGUUGAUCGUCAUAGUGCAAUAGUGGCUUCUUGUUUGAAGGAUUCAUCCACUCUUGUGCGGAAGCAGACGUUGAUGUUACUAACACAUCUUUUGAAAGAACAAUAUAUACGUUGGGAAGGACAGAUUAUGUACAGAUUUGUGUCAACGAUUUUAGAUGAAAAUAAAGAAGUACGAGAUUAUGCGGAAAUGUGUUUGAUAGAUGUUUUGCUUGUGCAGUUUCCAAAUAUGUUUAUAAAUCAUUUCUUGGAGUGUAUUUUUUACUUCAAUUCAGUAGUACAUGGGUCAUGGUUGGCCAUGAAGAAUGUCAUGGAAGAAGAUACGAAAGAAGAAUUAAAAUAUUCUCUCUCUGGAACUCGAUUUAAAAAUGCACGCUUGACGCUUUACAAAUUCAUGAUGAAGACAUUCAACGAUGAGAAUAAAUUUACAGUUGGAUUGCGAAUAAGCCAGGAAGUAUAUUCGUCGAUAGUAGAUGGAAUACUCGAUAUAAACGAUCAGAAAGUUAAAGCCUUACUAGGAGAUUGUUAUGACGUAAUGUGUUGCCCUGAAAUGAAAUUAUCUAUGGCAUUGGGCAAAUCGUCAUCAAAUAACAUAGAUGAAGAUGAUGAUGAACCACCAUCCAGUGUGCAGGAAGCAGCUAAAAAGGUUGUGACACAGGCGUUUCGUAAAGGCAUUAUUGAUGCCAUUUUACCUCAUAUUAUACAAUUUAAAUACUACCUUCAAGAAAAACGUUUAUAUGAAUUGGAAUGGGGAAUCGUUAGAGUUUUGAGAGAACUAUGCAAAGAUCAUUGUGAGGAGCUCGAUGAAUUCUUAGCUAGUGAUAAGCAGUUGAAAGCAGAAAUAAAGUUCGACCUCGCUAAACUUGAGGUUAUUUUUCAUCAUCUUGAAAAGGAGCGAAGAAUGAGAGAUGGUAACAAGGAUAGUCAUCAUCUGGAAACACUUUCCUCAAAUGAUAAAAGAGUUUCAUUGGCUGCCGAUAAUAUUAUAGUAUCUCCGUCGCAACUUGCGUCUAAAACAGCAGAAGAAGUAGUUAAACAGGAAGAAGAUUUGGUAGCAGCUGUGCAAAAAGUCACUUUAAGCAAUAAAGCAGAUUCACUUUCGAACGGAGUUCUAACAAAUGAAAAUCGUAAGAAGAGUAUAAAAUUAGAAAAAAUUGUUGAAGAAGAAAGAGAAAUAGAUGAUACCAAAGAAGAAAGUGUCGAUCAAAUUCGUCCAACAAAUGGUAUUGAAAAGAAUGCUCAAACCGAGGCCCCCAUGUGUGAGCAAUCAAGUUUGGGAAUGCAGUCUAGAAUAUUAGAUGAAGAAUGCGAGCUACCAGCGAGAGCUAUUUCAACUCCAAAACAUACUAUGAACGAGGCUAGACCUCGUCGGCGAAUACGACUUACCAGUUCGUCAACAAUUGAAGAGGUUGAAAACGAACGUGACUAG